CGUUCAGAUGUGCCAUUUUUGGACUCCUUGACAAUAACUAUGGAAGGUUCAACAAUCUAUCUUGGACAAGGGGGACUAGUUCAGGUUAAUGGCCAAACACAAACAAUCAAUGCCACGGCUCAGCUGAUUAACGGUAUGCUGUUCUACAAGGACCAGGAUGGAGUCAUUUUUGCUGGUGUUUCACUCCAAAUCUUUUUUGAUGGCAACACUGCACUAAUCGCAGGACUUGCUACAGCUUCAGAAGGCUUGUGUGGUAACCCCAUCAACGGAAAUCAGACCUUCAAUCUGGCUGCAGAGAAGUCUUCCUCCAGUGUGGCUGGCUGCGAGAUCCUGUACAGCGACACACCCAACAAUACGACCAACUGCAACAUUACAACUGAACACUGUAAUCUCCUGAUGCAGGCACCCUUCACAGAUUGCCACAGCCAAGUUGACCCAGCUCCCUACAUAACCGCCUGCGCAGAAACUUCUUGCAAAUUCCAGACCGAGGAAGGCCUCGCUCUCAGCUGCCAGUUUUUUUUCUCUUACGCCAAGACCUGCGGUCUGAACCCCAACAUCACACUGGGCGACUGGAGGUCACCGACCGUUUGCCCUGUCCCUCAGGUCUCCUGUAUGGAGAUGUACUGCAGUGAUAACGAGUUCUGCGACGAGAACAACGGUGAACCCCAAUGCCUCUGUCGGGCUCUUUUUGCCGCCAAGUACACACCAACAAACUCUUUAGGUGACCCGACAGUCUGCAUGGGGAGUUCUGCCACUCUUACUCUGGCUGAAUGUCUGCUCAGCGCCAAAAAGAUCGACUACACCACCUUACGCCUCCUAGACGAGAGCUGCAAAGGACACUUGGACAACGAGACCCACAUGGUGACUUUCAGCUUUGACAGCAGCAACACCUGCGGGACUGAGGUCAUGAGCAACAACGCAAGCCAAAUCAUCUACAAGAACACCAUCACGUUGCAGAACAGCUCCACGGACGUCAUCACCCGCCACGACCAAGUCAGCAUCGACUUCUCCUGCUUGUACACAGUGCCAGACAUCAGGAGUGUGUCCUUCAAAAUCAAAGAGAGCUCCGUGGUGCAGGAGAUUGUAUCUGGAAUUUGGAAUUACACUCUGAUGAUGAAUGCGUACAUCGAUGCUCAGUUCGUGAAUCUUGUCGGGCCAAACACUGAGCUGGUGCUGGACCAGAAGGUCUGGGUGGAGCUGAUGACGGGGGGGCUGGACUACAACUUGGUCUCCUUGGUGACCGACUCCUGCUGGGCGACCAACCAGCCGUCACCAAAUGCAAGUCUGCGAUACGACCUCAUCAUCAACGGAUGCCCGAACCCCGCUGACCACACGGUGAGGGUGCAGGGAAACGGACUGGGAACAUCCAACGUCUUCUCUUUCAACAUGUUCCAGUUCUCUGGGAAAGCUGGCGACCUCUACCUGCACUGCCAACUGGAGCUGUGCCCCAAACAUGGCAGCUCCUGCGCUCCGCUCCCCAUCCUCUCGUUCUGA